AUGAGCUUCUUCAAGAACCUGUUCAAGGAGGCUGGCGUCAAAGACGUCGUCACCCUCUUCCACGCGCCAAAAGUACCUGCGUCUUCCAGGGUGUAUACCCUCCUGAAGCAGGCGAAUGCGACUGCUGUAGCAAACGCGACCGAGGACCAAGCGAGCGACCAUAGCACGCAGUCGAAGUUGGAAAGGACUGAGUUUGAGCUUGACAUCCAGGAAGGUGCGCCAACUAGCGACCAGCUGAGCAGCAUCUUGGAGUACCUCGGCCCCUCGAAGGCAGGCAGUGUCAUCGAAGGUGCGACCGGCACGACCGAUGCCUUGCGGAAGUUCAAGCAGAAUGAAGGCUCGUUUCAGCGGCCGGUGACUGUGGACUGGAACAAUGGUCGAGCUGUGGUGGGAGAAGAUCAGAGCGAGAUCAUGAAGCUUGUACGCUCGAUACCGAAGGAGAAGGCUUAG